GCGUAGUGCCCACGUUUGCGUGUGAGAGAGCGCGUCGGCGGUAGAACGCUCCACUCCCAGCUUCUCGACGUCGCAACUCAUCUCGCAACCCGCCUGACUUAGCUGCCGCUGCUGCUGCUGCUGCUGCUGCUGCAAUGGAGAGGAGGUGGAGACGUUGCCCGGCUCUAUUGUUGAGUUUGUUUAGCCUGGUUACAGCACAGGAAACUGAGCGUCCGCCUGUGUUUACCACGAGCCCGUCGAAUAUUGCCGUUCCAGAGGGCGUUCAAGCGUCCCUCAACUGCUCAGCUGUCGGGUAUCCGCGACCGUCAUACGAAUGGCUCUCCGGUUUUGUCGACCAGAGCGUCGUUAUGUCGAAUCGACGGCGAUACGUUGCGGUCGACGGAAGCCUCGUUUUUAAUCCGUUCAACAGCACGGUGGAUAAAGGGAUUUACUACUGCCGGGCGAAGAACCGACUCGGUGCAAUCAAGAGUCAAGGCGUUCUUGUAGAAAUGGCUGGCUCUCCUACGGUCACAAUCGGCCCGCGCAACGUGACGGUCGUCGCAGGCGGCGCGGCGUCGUUUACUUGCGCCGGAGACGGUUUCCCGUCGCCGAACUAUCGUUGGUCUCGUGCUCGGGACGAAACGUUUGGAAGAGUCGGAGCGAGUCUUCGAUUGAAGAGCGUGACGCCGGACGAUGCGGACGAGUAUGUAUGCGAGGUGUCCAAUGUUGCGGGCCGCGCCACAGCAGGGGCUUUCUUACAUGUUCAAUACUCGCCAUCUGCCGAAGUCGUGCCACACAGUCAGACUCUGCCGCAUCAUGCGACUCCCGUGUUGACGUGUAAUUUCAAGGGUUUUCCAUUUGUGUCCGUUGAGUGGUUGAAGGAUGGCAAACUGUUGGAGGAGACGAAUGUGCGGAUUGGGGUUAGUACGGUGGUGGUUGAGAAACGGACGGGUGAAGGAGAGUCGAAGUUAACGUUGAAGAAUCUACACAAGCAGGACUCGGGGACGUACUCGUGUGUUGUUAGGAAUGGAUUGGGUAGUUAUACAGCUAAGAGUCGGAUGCUUGUUCAGUUUCCUCCCGAAGCACCUUUGCUUCGUUCUCCUGUCAUCGAUGGCACGACCGUCAACCUGACGUGGUCACCAGCACAUCCCAGCCCUUCGCCUCCUAUCAAUACCUUCACAGUGGCAUACAGUCGUGACGACUUGUCUGCUGAAACGAAGCAAAUCACUAUCACCAGUGGAGAUUCACGAGGCACAUCGGUGUCAGGACUGCGAAAAGGGAAAUUAUAUUAUUUUCAAGUAGCAGCAAGCAAUACGAUCGGGAAGAGUUUGCUGAGUAAUAUCGUCCAAGCUGAUAUUGCAGCCACUGCACCCGAUGCUGCUCCGAUUGUACUAUCGGCUAGAAGUCUAUCGUCUCAAUCCGUGUAUUUGACGUGGACGCAGCCUGCUGAUUCUGAUGGCGGUGCCACGAUUUCUCAAUUUAUAAUCGAGUACACGAUCAACAGACUCAAGUGGACAAGCCAGAGUGUAGCUGGGAACACGAAUAGCACGUCUAUUGGAUAUCUAGCCAGCAACACGAGUUACAUCUUUAGACUGUUUGCAGUGAAUGCCGUUGGCCGAAGUCUCCCUUCCACGACGAUAAGAGCAAAGACCAAUGCAUUAGGCUCUCCAUCGAUUGUGCGUGCCAUUCGUGUCAGCAACGUUUUCGGUAACUCAGUGCGAUUGACGUGGAAAAUGCUGGACACCACGAAGGAAGAGAAUCGACUGAUUGAAAGAUUCGUCGUCAGAUUAUCGUCAGUCGAGAAGGCAGAAGAUGCUGUCUCUGAAGUACGUGCACCGUUUGUUACGGAGGAAGGACGAGUAACGUCGGAGUUCACAGACUUGAUUCACGAUGCAGUGUACCAUGCAACGGUAACCGCCGUUAACAGACAGGGAGAAGGACCAAUGUCUGUACCGGUAACGUUCAGAACGAAAGCCAGAAUCGUACAAAGUCCCAGUCCGCCGGUCGUAGCCACGAAAGACAAUGUACAGACCAACAUUAUCAAGGACAACAUCGCGUACGUCGCCGGCGGCAUUGCCGCGGUCGUCGUAUGUGCAGCAGGCUUCAUAAUCGUCAUCGUCUGGAGAUGCCGUCGUGUAGUCCUAACAAAUUCCAACUCGUCGUCUUCGAGUCUCACGACAAAAUCAGAUCUAGAGUCUCCCACAGCAUCCCUUCCCCCCUGUAGUCCAGCCAGACAUAAUUUACUGGAUGUUAACAGUAAAACUAAGCUUUCUGGAGAUCCUACUCUGUCAGCGGUGAGGGCAGCAUUCGAAAACGCCUUAGCUCCCACAUCGACGCCGCAGCGGGGUUUGAAUGUUGGCAGUGACGCGUUCCGAAGUUUGGGUGAUGACACGCUUGGAGAGGAGCGUUUUCCGUCGAAUAUAGGUAGUCGUGUGAGCAGCUUGCGAGACGAUCUACAUCUCGGUCUUCAUCUUGUGAGCGAUUCAGGCAUGUCGGUGUCUCAGUGUGAAGAGAGAACGUCGGAGUCAUCUGUUGAAUUGGUCAAGAAGAAGACUGUUACAUUUGGAAAUCUAGCUGACUGUUCAUCCCACCCUGUAGCAAGUUCUCCAAUAAGAGUCGGGCCAAACAAUCAGGCAUACUCAAAACGAGGGAUACAACUACACAAAGUGGACUCGGAUGAAGACUCAUACGUAUAAUAAUAGAAAGUUCUAGAAGAUAGACUUGGAGUUGGUUUGUGAUUGUUUUUUGACUGACGUGAGCUCAUUCAUGGCUGACAUGUUUUCUAUUACUAGCUUUUAGUAGAGAGUAAGAGAAGAGAUUAUAAGAUAGGUUUAACUUAUAGACGUAAGGGUAAGAGUAAACAGUAAAGUUUAUGUUUAAACAUUUAGUUUACGACUGCAGUGACAGCAAUAUGUGCUUUUCUUUUUACAAAAAAAAUAAUUACAAUUUUGACUUGAGUAUGUGCAGAAUGCGAGAGUAUGACUGUAUUGUCAAGCGCUUACCAGUUGUGUACA